AUGUCGCACCGUUCAGCACUUGCUCAGCUUCGAGCUCAGCGAGCUUCCGGCAAGACACGGCUCGAUUCCUACCAGGUCGAAGACCAAGGUGCCAUUUACGACGAAGUCGACGAAGAUGGUUACAAGAAAGUUGUGCGAAGUCGCCUUGACAAAGACGACUUUGUUGUCGACGACAAUGGGGAAGGCUACGCAGACGACGGUCGAGAAGAAUGGCAAAAUGAACGACAAGAAUAUAGUAGUGACGAUGGCGAGGAGCUUCCACUAAAAGGGAAAGCCGCAAAGCGAAAACGCGAAGAAGAUCGUGAGAAAGAAGACCGCACCAACCACAAGAUCCUAAACUACUUCAACAAUGGCCCUGUGGCAGCGGCUCCUAAGCCCAAGAUCCAAACUACUGCCGAAGACGAAGCGUUCAUGGCCGAUCUCCUGGGGGAAGUCGACGCCAAUAUCCUCUCGACCCGGAAAUACACAGCAAAACCAGUCAAAUCCGAGAAUCGACGCAAGGUCAGGGUGCUCUCUCCUCCACUUUCCCGCGAGCAACCUCGACAGAAGUACCAAGCGCCGACCACCGAGCUGGUUGACACUCCACCUCCGCAGUCUGUACAAGAGGAUGACCAUAUGGCAACGUUUGAUGACGACAAUAUCAUGAGCGAUCCUCUUCCUUCCUCGCCGGUCGUCAAGGCUGUAGAGCGCAAGGCGAAGGUUCAGAUCAAAGAGGAGGACGAGGAUGAAGAUAUCAUGGAUGUUGCCCAAGUUGUUGGGCACGAAGCUGCCCAAUCAACAAGUAUCAAUAUGACUGGCAGCAGACCGCCACCAAAGAUCAAGGCUCAUCCACAGCUUCCAUCACCCCAGAGCUCUUCCCCACCGUUGCCUCCAGUCACCGAGGUGGAUGCUUCUUCAUGGAACAAGAUCACUAGCAAGUUGAAUAUCCAGAGCAGUCCGUCUUCGGAGAUGCGUACCUUCGGUAAAAUGAAGCCUCAAGAUGCUGUUGAAGAGGACGGCAGCCUGCGCAUGUUCUGGCUCGACUAUACCGAAGUCAAUGGCAGUCUCUGUCUUUUUGGAAAGGUUAAGGACAAGACGAGCGGGCAGUAUCGUAGCGCAUUCGUCAAGGUCGACAACGUUCUCCGCAAGCUCUUCUUCCUUCCAAGGAAGUACAGGGUUGUCAACGGCAGGGAAACUAGCGAGGAAGUCGAGAUGGAUGAUGUGUACGGCGAAGUCGAUUCGUUGAUGUCCAAAAUGAAGGUUUCUACCAGAAAGGUCAAGCCAUGUACACGGAAGUACGCAUUUGAGCUCCCUGAUGUCCCGAAGGAGGCCGAAUAUCUCAAGCUUCUCUAUCCCUACGACAAGAAUGCGCUUCCGAUGGACCUACAGGGAGAGACAUUUUCCCGUGUAUUUGGCGCGAACACGGCUUUGUUCGAACAGUUCGUGCUAUGGAAGAACAUCAUGGGCCCGUGCUGGUUGAACAUUGAAGAUGCCGACUUCAGCGCUGUCAAUAAUGCCUCUUGGUGCAAGUUGGAAUGUGCUGUCACCAAACCGGCCAACAUUACCGUCUUGAGCAACUCUGAGAACCUUGAAGCUCCACGUCUUACAUUGAUGUCCCUGGCAUUCCGGACUCAACUCAAUGUCAAGGAGAAUAAACAGGAAAUCUUGAUCGCGAGUGCUCGAAUCUACGAGAAUGUCUCCCUGACCGACACGACUCCUCCCGAAGAAAUGCCAUCUCGGACAUUCACAGUGAUGCGACCAUCCGGAUCUGCUUAUCCCGUUGGCUUUGAAACAGAAACCAAAAAAAGGAACGACACGGUUAUGCUUGAGAAGACGGAACAAUUUCUCCUUAGCAAGUUCCUUGCACUUUUCGAAAGGGUGGACCCUGAUGUCUUGAUUGGCCACCAACUUCAAGAAGUCGACUACAGCAUUUUACUCAGCCGCUUGAAAGAGAAGAAAACCCCAGGGUGGCACCGGAUCGGUAGAUUGAAGCGAGGAGAAUGGCCCAAGUCCUUUGGCAGAGGUGCCACAUUCUGUGCUGAGAGACAGCUCCUGGCAGGGCGGCUCAUGUGCGACCUGGCAAACGACAUGGGCAAGUCUUUGAUGACCAGGUGUCAACAAUGGAGCUUGACAGAGAUGUGCGAUCUGUAUCUCGGACCGGACAACCGUCGCCGUGAGCUGGACAAUGAAGCAGCCUUGAAGACCUGGGCCACCACUCGUGACGGCUUACUCAACUACGUUACCCACUGCCACGCCGACACUUUCUUCAUUGCGGCGCUUGCUUUGAAACUGCAAAUGCUGCCACUGACCAAAGUUCUCACAGAACUUGCUGGGAACUCGUGGGCUCGUACCCUGAGCGGCACACGAGCCGAACGGAAUGAGUAUAUUCUACUACACGAGUUCUACCGCAACAAAUACAUCUGUCCCGAUAAGGAAUUCGGUAAAGGUCGUGCGAAACAAGCGCAGGAAAAUGAAGACGAAGACGAUGGAGCUGACACCAAAAAGAAGGACAAGUACAAAGGUGGCCUCGUCUUUGAGCCAGAGAAGGGUCUCUACGACAAGUUCAUCCUCGUUAUGGAUUUCAACAGUUUGUACCCCAGCAUCAUCCAAGAAUACAACAUCUGCUUCACGACUGUUGAUCGCUCAGCCACUGCCGCAAAUGAGAACGAGGAGAAGGUGCCAGAGGUCCCAAUCGAUCAACCACAGGGCAUUUUGCCGAAGCUUAUCGCCAACCUUGUCACGCGCCGUCGGGAAGUCAAGAAGCUGAUGAAGGACAAACGAGCCUCUGCAGAGCAACAGGCACUCUGGGAUACCAAACAAAUGGCGUUGAAACUUACAGCCAACUCCAUGUACGGGUGCCUCGGUUAUACCCAAUCCCGCUUCUACGCACGGCCGCUAGCCAUGCUCACCACCUUCAAAGGUAGAGAGAUUCUAAGAAGCACCAAGGAGCUUGCAGAAAGCAACCAACUCCAGGUCAUCUAUGGCGACACCGAUUCCGUCAUGAUCAACACCAAUGCAGACAAUAUAGCACAGGCGCUAAGUGUUGGGCUCGAGUUCAAGCGCUCAGUCAACGAGAGAUACAGGCUACUGGAGAUUGAUAUCGACAACAUUUUUCGACGCUUGCUGCUACAUGCCAAAAAGAAGUAUGCCGCCAUCAACAUGGCGGAGAUCGAUGGCAAGUAUGUUGAGAAGCUUGAAGUCAAAGGUCUUGACAUGAAAAGAAGAGAAUACUGCGCUUUGUCCAAGGAGGCGUCUCAGAAGCUGUUGAACGAAAUCCUUUCGGGCGAAGAUUCAGAGGUUGUCCUCGAGAAGAUCCACGAAUAUCUCCGGGAGCUGUCAGGCAAAAUGAGGGAGAACGCCAUCCCCGUUCAGAAAUAUGUCAUCUACACGAAACUUGGCAAGAAUCCAACAGAAUACCCCAACGCAGAUUCGAUGCCUCAGGUACAGGUUGCUCUCCGUGAGAUCAGUCGAGGCAAAACCGUCCGGGUCAACGACGUCAUGUCAUACAUUGUGACCAUGGGAGACGAACAGACAAAGGGUCUCCCUGCGCCGAAACGAUCUUAUACGCCCCAGGACGUUCAAAAACCAGAUUCUGGUCUUGUCCCGGACGUUGAAUACUACCUCCAUAAACAGAUCUUCCCGCCGAUUGAAAGGCUGUGCGCACCCAUCCCCGGGACUGACUCGGUCAGACUCGCCGAAUGCUUAGGCCUGGACGUGCGUAAAUAUCAAAUCAACACUUCGAACGGCGGCAGUCAACGAAGUACCGAGAUUUUCCCUCUCGAAUCACAGAUUCCGGACAGUGUCCGCUUCCAGGAUGCCGUGAGACUCAGUCUGAGGUGCAGAGAAUGUAUGCAGGCAACGGUAUUCGAGGGACUUUGUGAUUCAACCGAUUCAUGCACACCCGAGGGUAUCUUGUGCGGCAACGUCGAGUGCAGGAAAGUCAUUCCACGAUUGAGAAUUGUUAUGCAACUGGAGUCGCAAAUCCGGGCGCAGACCUGUGCCUACUACGAAGGCUGGCUGGUCUGUGACGACCCCUCUUGUGGCAACCGAACCCGGCAGAUGUCAGUCUAUGGACACCGCUGUCUGGGCCCAAGUGGGCGCGCUGAGGGCUGUCUUGGACGGAUGUCGUAUGAAUAUUCUGAGAAGAAGCUAUACAACCAGAUGUUGUACUUUGCGGCCUUGUUUGAUGUUGAAAAGGCCAAAAACAAGGCGCGGUCAGAGAAGGAAUAUGCGGAGAAAAAGGAUCGGAUCAUGGUGCUCGCGGAGACGAACAAAGAAGCAUUUGAGGCGAUCAAGGCUGUCGUGGAUGGAUAUUUGAGGAAAUGUGGGCGACAGUGGGUGGAAAUGGAUACGCUGUUCAGCUUCGCUCUGAAGUGA